AUGGUCUGCUCUUGUUAUGAACGUGUAGAUCCAGAGCUGUUGCGGGUGAAAUUAGCACGUACAUGGCUAACAGACCGUGCUGUGACCACCGAGCCCCCAGCACUGUACUGCACCUUGUGUGAAAGGCAGGGGGCCUCGCUGUCUACCAAGACGAAAAACAAAGGAAAACUGCAGUGGUUUCCCUUUUCACGCACUUCGAAGGAUUGUGCAAGUGCUUUAGGGGGGAAUGUCAAGGAGGAUCUCUUCAUGUGUCUCUCAUGCACCAUGUGCUUCUGCUCACAACAUGUAACAUGUCAUGAGGCAGAAGAGGCAAAGAUUUGUAUGGAUAGAAGCAUCCAUCAUGGAAGACGUCACUACCUUUUUUUUCUUGUUCCAUCGUGUGCAGCGGCGAUGAACACUUCUUCCGCGUCAGGCAAAGGUAGGACGGUGUUCCCAGCCUUUCAAGUAGAUGACCUUGAACAAAUACGAGGGUCUGGUGUCUUGACACUUGAGAAGGAGGCUAAUAUUGGUUUUCGUCCAAUCGGUGAUCCACAAGGCUGGGUUUAUUAUGUAUGGUGUGUGCUUUGUAGCGAGAAGCAAGCACCACUUUCCGCCUCUACUUUUUUGGAAACUAGCAAACUCCACGUUCAUAUCAAGCAUCUAGGUGACGUUAUUGCAAAACUCCUUUACCUCUUUUAUGAAGGAAUUCAAAUUGAAAUUCCUGACGAAGGGGUUGCAUUAAGUCAGGGAAACAUCCACUCAGGGGACCACUUCUUGUAUCAGCACAGUAACAGACAGCUUUGCUUAAAUCGUACCGCUAUACAAGAUAUGGAUACAUUCGCGAGCUUUACUUCUGCUGGUGCAUCCUCUUUUGCGUUACGAGGAUUACGGGUAGACCCGGAUGCCCUUGCGUUAGCACAUGUUGCUGGUAUUGAGAAUCAUCGGAACACUUGUUAUUUUAACUCGGUACUACAGUGUGUUCUGAAGUGUGGUUUUUUUACGCGCUCACUGCUUGCUAUGGAUGCCGGAGCGAUGCCAGGUCCACUAACUCGUCGUCUAUAUGCUAUGGUUCAUCAUCUUUGUGAACAGACCGUUAAGGAUGUGGAGACACAUGCACUGUAUCCAUAUGCACGGGAGGUGUUGCAUUGUUUGUGUAAAAUUUCUCCACUUUUUGCAGAGGAUGAUCAACAAGACUCUCAAGAGCUCUUUUUGUGCAUGAUUAAUGGGGUGGCGGAUGAGUUGGACAAGGGUAAAUCCGAGGAGGAGAAAAAAAAGGGCCCACGAUUAUCCUUUGAGGGUGUCAUGCGCACGGAGGUUGUCUGCUUGCAGUGUAAAAACCACAUUCCACGUGAGGAGGUGUUUAUGGCCCUCUCUGUUCCCGUUGAGGACUCAAUAGAGAAGGGGCUUGAAAAGCUCUUUCGGACAGUGAAACUGCAGGAAAAAGAUCAAUACGCCUGUGAGAGGUGUUUUCAAAUGUUGGAGAAAAAGGAUCAAGAACGGCAUAACGCAGAUAUCCAAGCAGAGAAUCAACGGAAGGAGAAGUCCAAAAAAAAGGCAGUGGCAGAGGAAAAGCGAAGUCUUAACUGUGUAUAUUCAGAUGCCCAAGUGUCGAGCUCCAUCAGUCGCUUGGGCGCCACACUCGCCCUGCAUCUGCUGCGAUUUCAAUGUGAAAGUAGAGGCUUUAGGAAGGUUACACGGAACGUGGCAUUCCCCUUGUCUCUUGACCUGACGCAGUUUGUUUCAGAGGAGGUACGAUGCGAGUAUGAAUUGGAACGUAAACUUUUUUAUUUGGAGACACGUUUCCCUCUCAAAGAACGUGAUAUUUUGGUUUCCUACUUGCGAUCCACUUAUGGCGACGUUCGUAAGGCGGAGCGGAUGAUAGUGGACGCGGAGGGAAAAGAGGUUUUGAAUAACGCGCAAGGUGCCACGCGGAGAUCUAAUGUGAGGCGCAGGCCAUUGGAUGGCUCCUGCGCAGGGAACAUAGUGUGCCAUGGCGGUGCGCACGAGGGCGGCGAUGUAAGCUCUAUUGGUGACUCGUCACCGUCGUUAGUGGGUGCAACAAGUAGUUCGGAGAGGAGGCAGGGGCCGCUUCCAUCGCUUAAGAGGGAACUUGUUGGUAUCGUGGCGCACCGCGGUUCCUUGCAUGGUGGACACUACAUCGCAUAUGUGCGAGACGAGCAUAAUCCGAACACGUGGUUCCGCUGCGAUGACGAGGAGGUGGAAAUGGUUGACAAGGAAUAUGUUCUGCGUUGUCAAUCCGAGGUGUAUAUGCUGUUUUACGAGUAG